AUGAUGACAAAUGUGGCGGCAGCGCGUACCACAGACGGGCAACGGGCCAGUAUGGCGUCGGCCCUUUGCCCUUCCUGUUCCGCCCGUCAUUCGCACACGACGGACUCGCGCCUUUCUCGGGACAGUCAGUGCAACUUGUUUCAUGCCAUUCGUGCUUGUCCAUUGUUGGCCUCGCAGCACAACUGGUUGUUGGAGCGCGUUCCCCAGUUUGGAGACGACGAUUUGCUACGUUGCGCUGCGUUGCCCAAAGUCGUUCGUCUGCGAAUGCUCAUGUUCACUACGGGCAGCUGUUUGGCAGAUUGCUUGCGCCAUGUUGACAAGCUUGCAUCCACGACCGUAGUGCUGGGUUGUCGCAGCUCGGAGGCCAACGUGCCUGGCCGUUUGUUGUGGUCUGUGCAUUUAUGUACUGACCUCGUUGUCGCUACUGCCAGCCGACUCCCAUAA